GAUUGGAGCAGUCCCUUCAUCGCGCCCCGCCCCGUCUGCCGCGUCAGCGCGUCGCGGGAGGGGCCUGUGGCACUAGGCCUCGUAACUGUCCGGAAGCUACGGCGGCUUAAACCAUGGCUGAGGGCAGCCGUAUGCUACAGGCCCGGGCGCUCCUGCAGCAGUGCCUGCACGCCCGGUUGCAAAUUCGCCCAGCCGAUGGGGAUGCCGCGGCCCAGUGGGUGGAGGUUCAGAAAGCAUUGGUGAUCUACGUAUGCUUUUUCAAGGGAGCUGAUAAAGAACUUCUUCCCAAAAUGGUUAAUACACUGUUAAAUGUGAAAUUAAGUGAAACAGAAAAUGGCAAGCAAGUCUCUAUAUUGGAUCUACCUGGCAACAUUCUUAUUAUCCCUCAAGCUACCCUUGGAGGAAGACUAAAAGGAAGAAACAUGCAAUAUCACUCUAACUCUGGAAAAGAAGAAGGGUUUGAACUUUACUCUCAAUUUGUUACUCUGUGUGAAAAAGAAGUAGCUGCUAAUAGCAAGUGUGCUGAAGCUGGAGUUGUAGUGGAACAUGGCACUUAUGGGAAUAGGCAGGUGUUAAAGCUAGACACCAACGGACCAUACACACACUUAAUUGAGUUUUGAAAAUGAAAACCUAGUUUCUAUAGCUGUUUUCUGGUAUGAAAUGAUCUAAAGUAUAAUUAGAUUUUAUUACCCUUCAUCUUGAAUAUACUAAUCUUCAGCAUUUUUAGCUAAGAAAAUCUUGGGUUUCAUAUAUAAUUCUAUAACCUGCUUAUCGGAUGACUUUGCCAAGUCACCUAAACUCUGGAUCUCAGUCGCCUUUUGUCCUACAUUCCUCUACCCUUCUACUUGAAAAUUUGAAAUAUGCUGUGUAUUCACUUCAUAGUCAUUAAGGAAAUGUUCUUAAUUGUGUUUUGUUUUGUUUGAGACAGAGUUUUGCUCUUGUUGCCCAGGCUGGAAUGCAAUGGCGCGGUCUUGGCUCACCACAACCUCCACCUCCCAGAUUCAAGCAAUUCUCCUGCCUCAGCCUCCCGAGUAGCUGAGAUUAUAGGCAUGCGCCACCAUGCCUGGCUAAUUUUGUAUUUUUAGUAGAGAUGAGGUUUCUCCAUGUUGGUCAGGCUGGUCUUGUACUGCCAGCCUCAGGUGACCUGCCCACCUCAGCCUCCCACAGUGCUGGGAUUACAGGCAUGAGCUCCUGCACCCAGCCAUCUUAAUUGUUUUUAAAAGAUUAUGUGCAGUUUUAGCAUUUUGCAAUGUCUUAUACCAUCAAAUUUGUAUAGCAUGUAAUAAAAAUAACAAUUUCUAUUAAAAUUAGGUAAACUUCAGUACAGCCUAAUUGUAAAUUUGUUAAUUUUAUUUACUACUGCAGUUCUCUAUAUUUCCAUAUGUGAUUCACCAUUUCUUUUAAUAAUACACAUGCAAAUGUAAUAUAGAUCUCCUCCAACCAUCCUGUCCCACAGCACCCCCGAGUGAAGGUGGCUGUUUACAAGCCAGAAAGAAAGUAGUCACCAGAAACAGACCCUGACACCCUUAUCUUGAACUUCUAACCACCAGAACUGUGAGGAAAUAAACUUGUGUUGUUUAAACCACCCAGUCCUAUGUUAUUUAGUUAGGGCAGUCUGAACUAUGACAGUGUUAUAAGAUAGACAGCUAGUAAGGUAAACUUUUCAAAGGCAAGAGAGGAAAAUACACAAGAAAUUGAAAAAAUAAUUAAGUCAAUAAGAGGUAAUAUUCAGUUUUGGCAAACUCCUCUGACUUGGUUUGAAAAGGUGUUUUUUUUUAAAGAGUAAAAACCAAAUAAUUCUCAUUGACAAAAAAGGUAAAUAAAUAAACAUCCUAAGUAGCUGCUGAAAUUUUUGUUGUGUCUAAUGGUUUCUUUAGGUCUGUCUUCCUAACAUACUUAAAAUUUUUAUCAUGAAAAAAUUCUAUUUUCUCUAUACCCUUCCUGUACUAUUCUAUUUUGGAACUAGAGAAUCAAUAACUGGCUUAGUAAUUAGCUCAUUGUCCUUAACUUUUGCUUUAUUGAUUCAUGAUACACUUAUUAAAAUGUAAUAAACUAUUCAUAAACUUGCAAA